AUGAGGGGACCGCUAAUAAGUCGAGCCUCUUACUUGAAACGACAAAGGGAAAAAGCCUACGCGGACCUUCUGAGACAACUUCGGGACGUAACAAACGCCCAUCUCCUAAACCCGUCUGACACACAAGCUAAAUCCAUUAUAGAUAUCACUAACCAAAUAAAUACCAUGACCCUCCACAAAACGGCCUAUAUGCUAACAAAACUGAGAAUGAAAACGUACACCCAAGGCAACAAGGCAGGGAAACAUUUAGCAACGAUGCUCAAACAAAAACAAGCAAAUUCCAAAAUCCCAUAUCUAGUCAAAAGGUCUGGGGAAAAAAUCCAUAACCCACAAGAUAUCAAUGACGAGAUGGCCGAAUACUACCAAACCCUUUACAACCUAAAAAAUGACCCUACCGUCCACCAACACACCAAAUACGAAAUUGACACACUUCUUCAAAAGACAACUCUACCAACACUAUCGGAGGCCCAAAUCCAAAAAAUUCAGGAUCCAAUCACUGUACAAUAA